AUGAAACUGAGCGUGAGCGCGUAUCGGGCGCAUGCAUCCGCACACAAGAAGAUCCUCUCCAGCGGCUAUCACUCACAGCUCAACUACGGCAGCACUGGAGCGGCAGCGGCAUCCUCCUCGUCGUCGGGGACCACUGCAACGGGCCUAUAUACGAUGGAAGCGCACGAGCACGAGGCGGGCAAGUUUGUCAAGGAUGUGGCCCGUCAGGUGCACGACUGCAACAGCGACACGGACGUCAUCAGUCCCACGGGCACCAGUAGCUCCGGCGGAGGCGGAGGAGGAGGAGGAGGCGGCGGAGGAGGCGGCGGAGCAGGCGGUGCCGGCGGAUCCGGUGGACACAGCGACGGUGGCUAUCACAAGCGGCACCACAAGAUGGUCCGCGAUGACGACAACAACAGUGCGGCGCACUCAUCGGACAGCAAAAGUCCCAGCCAGCGGAAAUCGCGUAUCGGAGAUGGAGCUUCAGAUCCAGAUUCCGAUUGGACACGAUCGAACCAGCGCUGGAUGAAGCUACGCACCACCGUGCAGAUCUCAUCGGCGAUACAGAAGAAACCACCGCUCAAGCGCGAAGACUCCUUCCUGAAGCGUUUCUCGACUAGACAGAUACCCGAAACACAGGAAACUGUUGAAGAUACGGGUUCAGAAAGUGCCUCUGGUGACGUCGACAAGAGUGUGAAACGACGACGACGCUAUCUGCAGAAACGACGAUCCGUUGUUAAUCCAGAUGAAAAUUUUUACUUCUAUUGGUUAAUGAUGUUAACUGUAUGUGUUCUAUAUAAUCUAUGGACCCUAAUUGUGAGGCAGAGCUUUCCUGAACUGCAGCAAUCUGUGCCCACGUUUUGGCUCAUCUGCGAUUCGAUGACAGAUGUUGUAUUUAUCUUAGAUAUAAUAGUUCAAUUACGCACAGGCUACCUGGAGCAGGGCCUAAUGGUAUACGACGACAGGAAGCUGGCCUGCCACUAUGUUCACUCGCGCGACUUCAUCUUCGAUAUGAUAGCGCUGAUACCAUUGGAUCUGCUGCAGCUCAAGAUGGGCACACAUCCGCUCUUGCGUUUUACGCGCUUUUUUAAAGUUUAUCGAUCUGUGAGAUUUUAUUACAUCGUAGAAAGUAGAACAGUUUGGCCAAAUUUAUGGCGCGUUGUUAACCUAAUUCAUAUCCUGUUAAUACUGGCACACUGGUUCGGUUGUUUCUAUUUUUUACUCUCCGAGGCGGAGGGCUUUCAGGGCGACUGGGUGUAUCCGUAUCGACCCGGGGACUACGCCACCCUGACGCGAAAGUAUCUGGGCAGCCUGUACUGGUCGACCCUGACACUGACGACCAUUGGGGACCUGCCCACGCCCGAAACGAAUGCAGAACCGAACUUUUCGGUGGACGGCCCACGAUCAAUUCCGCGGCGUGGCAUUAAAUCGCGCCUACUUCAAUUUGGCUCUAGCUAUGGGUAUAUUUUUACGAUCGUUAGCUAUUUGAUUGGUGUUUUUAUCUUCGCCACCAUUGUGGGCCAAGUGGGCAAUGUGAUAACGAACCGAAACGCGAAUCGCCUGGAGUUCGAGCGCCUGCUGGAUGGGGCCAAGACCUAUAUGCGGCACCACAAGGUGCCCGGCGGGAUGAAGCGUCGCGUGCUGCGGUGGUACGACUACAGCUGGUCCCGCGGCAGGAUACAGGGUGGCGGUGACAUCAAUACCGCACUGGGACUGCUGCCCGACAAGCUGAAAACCGAAUUGGCCUUACAUGUCAACCUGAGCGUGCUGAAGAAGGUGACCAUAUUCCAAGAGUGCCAGCCCGAGUUCCUCCACGAUCUCGUGCUCAAGAUGAAGGCCUACAUCUUCACGCCGGGCGACUCCAUCUGCCGCAAGGGCGAGGUGGCCCGCGAGAUGUUCAUCAUUGCCGAUGGCAUCCUGGAGGUGCUGAGCGAGACGGGCAAGGUGCUCACCACCAUGAAGGCUGGCGAUUUCUUUGGCGAGAUCGGCAUCCUCAAUCUGGACGGGCUGAACAAACGCACAGCGGAUGUGCGCUCCGUGGGCUAUUCGGAGCUCUUCUCGCUGUCGCGCGAGGAUGUUCUGGCGGCCAUGAAGGACUACCCCGAUGCCCAGGAGAUCCUGCAGACCCUGGGCCGCAAGCGGCUGAUGGAGGUGCGCUGCGUGAACAAGAAGUACGCCAAGGCGCAGAGCGACAAGGAGGCGGCCGCCUACGCGGCAGCCCAUCCGCACCACCACCAGAGCCACCACCAGGGUCAGGUGCACCAGAGCGACAGCAGCGAGAACAGUGCCUCCAAGAAGAUCGUGGACAAGCUGAAGCACGACGUCAAGGGAUUCCGCAACGUGCUGAAGAAGUCCAGGACCUCGCGCAAAAGCGAUGAAUCCCUGGAGAUGCAGCCGCUGCACAACACCUCGCCGCGCGGCAGCAAGAUCCUGCUGAAGCGCAUGUCGCGCGUUCGAUCGGACGAAAAGGAUGCGGACAGCGCCGAGGCCAAGGACGAGUUGCACGACAAAACGCCCAGCCCGAUUGGGGCGGGGCUGCCCCUGCUGCAGCGCCUCCGGCUCCUCAAGGAGAAGCAGGAAUCGAUCCAGGAGGAGCCCGAACGCGAGUUCAGCGAAGGCUUUCCCCUGAUCCAGCGACUCCAGCAGUUGAAAAUUAAGAACGAGCCGCAGGCAAACGCCGCCGAACCCGGCGUCGUCAUGGUCAACACGCCGGCCAACAUCAGCAGCAAAAUCGAUUCGCAUUUCGGUGCCGGGCAGGCGGGAGGAGGAGGAGGAUCGCAUCCCGGCUCGAAUGGUGGAGCCAUCGGCUUGUCGGCACCGGGACAAUCGCUGACGGUGGCCCAGAUCAAGCCCAUCAUGAAGGUGUCCUUCAAGCAGAAGAUCCAGCAGCUGCAGGCUGGCGGCGGAGGAGCCAGCAGUUCUCCGGCUCCAAGCACGGGGGCCAUUGCCAAGAAGGAGCCACCCAAAUCACUGGCUCUGGUGGCCAAGCACGCCACAUCCGAGGAUGCCGUCGUCGCAGCCGGAUUGGAUUUGGGAUUGGGAUUGGGGUCUGGUUCCGGUUCUGCUUCUGGCAUUGCCACCAUAUCGAAGAGGUUGGUGAAGCCUCAAAGCCAUCGGGUGGCCACGCCGCUGCAGUCCGACACGGACACCGAUGGCACGCCCAUCAAGCCCUGGUCCAAGCUGAAACUGGCCACCCUAAUGUCCUCGAGCUACACGAGCUUAACCAACUGUUCGCCGGACGAUCUGGCCUCGCCGCUGAAGAACUACUCGCUGAGCAACAUACCGCAGCAGAUGGAGACGCAUCCGCGGCCACGUCACCGCAGCGCCAGAAGCAGCUCGAGAUCGCCGCGCCAUGGACACCAUCAUCACCAUCAUCAUGGCCACCACCAGCUGGGGCAGAUCCAGGGGCCCAACGGCUCCACGAGCACCAACGGCUCCACCGCCAGUCAGGUGAACCAGCUGAACCAGGCCAGCGCGAAGAGGGAUUGCCUGCGUCUGCAGAAGCCGGAGCAGCACUUGCCCGACGGCGAACUGACCGAACUGGGCGGCAAUGGACGGCGGAAGCUCUACCAGAGCGUGUUCGAUCUGUCGCCGGAGUACUGCGGACUGCCGUUCGUCAAGCGAUUGAAGAUCCUCAAUGAGCGCCAGAAGCUGGCGGAACUGGAGCGGGCGCUGCAGACGCGCAGCUUUAGCCUGGACUGCUCCAAAUCCGGGCCGGAUAGCAAGGUGCCCAUCACGGAGUCGCUGUAUCGUUGCUAUAGCGACACCUCCGGCAUCUAUUCGCAGUUCCUCAGCACGUACGAGUCCACCACCAGCUCCGCCUCGAUAUCCACUAAUACUUCCGCCUCUGCAUCGGCAUCGGCAUCCGCCUCCGCUUCCGCAUCCGCAUCGGCAUCCGCAUCGGAUAGCAACUCCAGGCAGUUGCAGUACGUACCCCUGCCACUCAGUCCCGAAUCGAAUGAGACCAUGGAGCGGCGCAAGCUGAAGAGCAUACUCAAGAAACUCCAGAUGGGCGGUGGUCAGCAGGAGGAGGCGGGAGCGGGGGCGGGAAUGGGAACGGGGUCAAAGGUCAAGUCCAGUGCCAGCCAAAAGGGGCAGGGCCUGCCGGCGGAGCCGACCUUGGAAGGCCCGCCCGCCAGUGCCAAGGAGGAGGAAUCUCCCUUCGGCGGUGCUGCGGCGCUCGGUUCGGUGAAUAAUGGUUGCGCUAACGGUAGCGGUAGCGGUAGCGGUAACGGUAGUGGUAACGGUAACGGUAACGGUACGGUUAACGAUGGCAGUGCUAAUUCGAGUUCGCAUCCGAGCAAGAGCGGCAACAGUGCGUAUACGUGUCCUCCACCACCGGCGGUGGCAUUUCCGUUUCCGGUACCCAUGGCACCAGCUCAUUCCGGCUCAGUGCCACUGCCAUUGGAGCCCGGAGUGUCGUCGAGUGUCUGGUCGCCGACGUUGACGUUGGUAACGCCCACGAAUUCGCCGCAGGAGAGCUUCGCGUUUCCCGCCCAACUGCAGGGGGAGUUGGGCGGACACGGAACCGGACGCGGAAUCGUUGGUGGCGUUGGCAGCGCCUCAGCGUCGCUGUUGCCAGCGGGAGCGGGAGCGGGCGCAACUGCAUCCGCCUCCGCAUCCGCAUCUGCAUCCACAUCCACGUCCGCCUCGUAUGUCGUCGAGUGUUCAGCGUCGUCGAAUCAGAUCCUCCAUGCCCAGUCCACCACUGAUUUGAAUUUGAAUUUGCAGCUCAGGCAGAACACGACCAGUGCGAUGGGCGGAACGGGUCCAGGGAUCCAGCGGAUCGAAGGCUUCCCGGAGGCGCAGGACUACUUCAAUCAGAUCCUGAACGGCAUCAAUCACGUGAUCAAGACGCACAUGAACGAGAUGCACUCCAAGUUCGAGACGCAAUUCUCCAGCAUGGCCGGUGAGGUGCGGCGCCGCGACGCCAUCAUUGCCCAGCUGCAGCUCAAGCUGCGCUCCAUAGAGGGCAAGUCCACGGCGCCGGCGGCAUCCUCAUCCGCAUCCGCAUCCUCCUCCGCCAUGGUGCUGCCCAUCAGCCGGCGCCAGAAGAAGAUGCCCCAGCUGUCGGUGGACGACGACGAGCCGCCGGAGGAGGAGGACAACAGCAGUUCGGGAUCUUCAGCGGAACUUUUGUUCAUGCGAGGAGACUCCCUGGACACGGUGUUCACCUCAUCGCCGCCCAUUCAAGGUGGCAGGCGCAGCAUAUCGCCGGGUCCUAGUCGCCAUCAUGCGGCCUCGGCGAACGCACUAAACUGCCCGAGCAGCUACUACGGCGGACCCGGCUCCCUGAGCUCCCGCCACGCCCAGAGCCACCCCAGCUUCUACUCCGGCCAGGGCAAUGGACGCAGCAGCGGGCGCAGCAGUGGCUAUCGCGAGUGGAGCGACGCACCGGAGACCGGACACCUGGGCAGCGGGAGCGGAACGGGCGGUGCCGUCAUGGUGGCGGAUGUCACGGGCAAUCUGGCCCGCCUGUCGGACAGCGUGAUCCUCGACAUUGGCGAGAGCUCCAGUUCCAGCUCCUCGUCCAGCAAGAUCAACAUGGCCGAUGAGGACGACGAGGAGGAGGAUCCGAGGGGACGAGUUGCUCGAAACGUGGAGCACAUGGAUGACGACGGUGGUGGUGUUGGUGGUGGUGGUUCGGCGAGCCACAACGACUGGGAGGUGCAGAUGCUGGCCGCCGAGAUGGAGCGGCAGGAACGGAAGCGCGGUCACUCCCUGUCCGACAAUCUGGGCGACCUGAAGCACUGCAGCACGUUUCUGCGGCGACGCCGGAAGUUCAGCGACACGGAAACGGAAUUCAGUGAGACGGAAAUGGAGGAGCAGUUGGCCAGAUCGGCCAGCGGCUCCAUGGAGCCCAGCGGAUCGGCACCAUCCAGCUCUGGAGCCGGCGGCUCCACAUCCGCGGGACACCAAAGCGGCAGCCAGCGACCACGGGCCUCCAGUCUGGAUCAGUUCAAUCUGCGCUACGGCAUCGGGCGCGGCAUCUUUAAAGCAAUGAGCAUCGACCGUGAUAAAGACAAGCUUUGAGAACCAUAAUCACGAUCAAAUCUAACCCGAUCCCGCUCCUGGUCCCGAUCCUGGUCCUGGUCCCCAUCCCGUUCCGAGUUCCGAUUCCCAUUCCCAACGCGGACGGGGACAGAAGCACGUGCAACCGCAGACAACCAAUAAGCAAUGGAAUUUGGACAGUAUUACACGACAUGGUACAAGAACUAGGUAUAUGUAUAUGAUAUACAAAACUAAGCAGAUGUCAGGACAUAUAGAUCUAUAUUCUAUAUAUGUUUAGCCCUAACGAAAACCCCCCAGCAGAAGAAUCGAUAUAUACACAUAUAAAGCAAAACCCAAUUGAGAUUUAUAUAUAUAUACAUAUAUAUAUAAAACAUGUAGAUUUAACGGAAACAACCACUACUAAGAACCGAGAAACAAACACACAAAUAGCCAGAGAGUGUUCCCACCCCGGUUCCAAUUACUAAUCAUUUCGCUUUCCUGCAUUGUAAUCCUGAUCCCUAUGGUAUAUUCUUGCAAAAUGGUGAUAUUUCAAUCUAUAUUUUAUCUAUAUUCCGUUUUAAUUACAAGCUAUUUACAAUAAUAUUUCCUUAAUUAUUUCCUUUCCUCAUAAAAUCACUUUUAAAUAUAAAUAAUUUUAAACAGAGGUUAAUUGGUUUAUUAUAAUGUUUUUCAUUUAUUUGUUUUUUGUUUGAAUUGAUUUACCAUUAUGCAAGUGUACUAAAGGGUCUGUCGAUAUUUUCUUAAAUUUUGUUUCAAUAAAAUUGCCAAAUUUGUGUGGCCCUGUGAGAGAAUGUAUGCGCGUAGAAGAUAAUUCCCACAUUAAACCGUCCUGAAAAACGUCCAUGCCACGAUGCGCAUGUUUGUUCAUUUUGUAUGUACCUCUGAAAAUCGGCAUUUGUAUCCCUAUCUGCAGCCCCAUCCUCUCGAUCCGAACCCAAAUCGGUUUAUUGAUCAGUUGCUCGUUUAGUUCGUGGACGGCGGGGGCGGGGGCCUGGGCCUCUCUACAGAUGUAUAUACCUCUUAUUGUUAGAGACUAUGGAACAUAUAUAUAUAUAUAUAUAUAUUUUAAGUACGUACAUAUAUACACAGAAUUAUACAUAGUUAUAUAUCUAUAUAUGAACUAGUCUAAUGAAAACCGAAAGCUUUAAUAACUUAUAUAGAAAACUAUUUAAGAAACAUUUUAAAUACUAAUCGAUUCGGACAAAUGUUUUGAAAUAGAACAGGCCAACCCAUUUCCAACACAACUAAAACCAAAAAAAAAAGGGAAAUUGAAAUUGAAAUGAAAAUGAAAACAAACACACUAAACACAUACAUAAGGCAUACACCUGCAUACGAAUAUCUAAAUAUAGAGCCUAUAAUAUGCAUAGAUUAGCGAUUUACUUGUUGAACACCCUCGGUUAAGCCUAUCGAAAAACUUAGACUAGCUCUAUAUACCUUAAGCCUCCAAAGUCCAAAGUUCCAAGUCCCAGCAUCCCUUCGGUUUUGUUCACCUGAUUCCUUGCUUGUCCUCUGACCCUUGACCUCUGACCUUCGCCUCAUCCUCGAAUUCUAACUAGAGCAACUAUCUCGCCAUAAGAAAGGCAACUCUAGCACUUAAGUAGUUUAGUGCAGUUCAAGAUCUAUUUCGAACACCGCCGCCGAAAACAAAAAUGUAUCUCAAGACUAUGUAGGCAGGAAGCACGAUUAUUGAUUGUUGCUUUUUCAUUAUCUUUGAUUUCUAUUGUUGCUCCGAACUAAUCGCUUAACUAAGGACAGUUACUAGCCAGGCCCUAGACGCACUCACUAAUCAGACGGUAGAGUCCGUAGACAAAAGUUAGACACCCAACUCUAGAGUUUCGUAGUUUCAACUAGCCACAAAAAGGAUGUUAGGCUGUACUCAAGCCACUUACUAUCGCUCUGGCUACUUCGGCUAUCGAUAACUAUCGUACUGUACUAAGCGCACUAACCUACACACACGAUCACAAUACAAACACACCCACACACACACACAACAAAUUAAAAUGUCAACUUUAGUAUGAGAUACUAUAUCUAUUCAAGUAUCUUGAGAAAGUGUUCCUACCUUUUAUGGCAGCAACACAUUUAAAUUCAUGCAAAUUUUAACGAGUAAGCAAUAUUUAUCCGUGACUUUCCUCAAAAACAUCGAUAAAUACAGAUUAUUAAUUAAAAUUGACACCAUUUUCUGGAGGUUAAGCAUAUUUCGUUGAUUUUUUAUGAGAACUUUGUUAAUGGUACUCAAAUAAAUUUGAAAAAAUAUAUUCCCGAUCAAUUGAUUUAUUUUGAUCAUCAAUAGAUGAUUUAUUUUGUAAACCUCUCGAAAUUGAUUAGUUUAGUAAACACUUUUGGGAAUUGCAUGGGAAAUUAGCCCUAAAAUACUUGAAGUAUUUGUAAAAAACCGAAGAAAAAUGCUUUUCCUCCUUAAAUAAUAUGUAUUUCUCCGAAACUAGUCCACAGCAACAUAAGAAACCUGAAAUUCAAGGAACAAGGAAUUCUCAAAUGGGUUCAAUACAAAGAAAACCAAAGCAACCAAAACCAAAACCAAAAAGUACACAAAAAAGCAAAACUUAAAUGGGUCACAGCCAGAUAAGCAGUCCAACUAAAUGUAAUAAGACAAAACAAACGACAAGCACAACACUUACUUAUGUAAUUCAAAACACAGUCGAAUGAUGGAGCAGGAGUAACUCUAUAAGGAUUUGAUUUAGUCGUUUACUGGGUUCAUUUGUUGAGGAGGCCGAGAUUGAAUGCCAAGUUGGAGAACCAUUUUAAUUGAAUUACAUACGCCAGGGACCACAAAAUGUCUUUUUUUUUGUCUCUUUUUUAUAUAAACGUGUAAACACAAUAGGAAAUCCUAGCAAAGUUAAUGAUAAAAUUACAAAUUGCCCAAGAGAGGAGAGUGUUAUUGACCAGAAGGUAGCUAUCAUAUAAUCAUCGAUAUACCCUUAGCCAGGCACCCAUUAUAUAGGCCCCAUUCCCGAUAUACAUAUAUAAAUCCUUAUAUAUAUAUGCAAGUAUGUCUAACUGAUUUCUUACGUACUACCACUCACUCUCGGUUCAAUUGUUGUCAGCCAACGAAAAACUCUGUGAGUCAAUUAUGUAUAUGGAUCAUUUUUAAUCGAUUGUUUUUAACUGAAGACCGAUGCCAGAUGACCGCCCGAUUAUGACCUACUCUGUAUUGUACUAUAUUGCAUUGAAUACCGCGGAUUGUUGUCGUUGUUGAUUUUAAAUUUUAAAUUGCUCGUACUUAAGUUACCGAUAUUUUUGUACAUUAGUUUAAGGUAGCGCAUAAUAAGUCCCACGAGUCUAGUGUAAAAUCCUAUAUGAAUGUAUAAAUACAUUUUUUUUUUCUCCUAAUUGCUAAUUUCGCAAUGUUGACCGAAUACUAAAGAGAAUGUACUUAUAGUGAAAUUAUACGCAAACAAAUAAUUUAAACUAAACUAAAUGAGAACUAAACCAAAGCAAAAGCAAAAGCAAAAAUGAAAAUGAAAACAAACUAAGAAAUUAGCACAUGUUAAUGAAGCGCAAAUAAAAGUGAAAUACCAAACGAAUAUGACAACAGACUUGCCUUCGGUUGCAAGUUACUUUGUAGUGUGCCAAAUCUACAUCAUAUCAGCUUUUACUCACCACAAGGUAUGAUGUUGCUGCAAAAUAAUACGAACCCCAAUUCGAAUUUCGAACACUAAAUGAAACCACGAAAAACCAAAACCAACAAAACAAUGCAAGUGAAGCCAAAUCCCGCGCAGGCAAGGUGAAAUUUGAAUGAGAUA